AUGGCGAAGCUGAAGAACCACACCUCCAAGAACCAGAACCGCAAGGACCACCGCAACGGCAUCAAGAAGCCCAAGAAGUCGGCGUACACGUCACACAAAGGCAUGUGUCCCAAGUACCUCAGAAACCUGAGGAGGUCUCGCGCCAAUGACCCCCGCCAGUCUCUCCGUCCGAACCUCAACAAGGAGUAA